AUGCGCAUAGCAAGCUGGAACGUGGGCUCGAUGACAGGACGCAGCUUAGAACUCAGCGAAGUAUUACAUCGAAGACGCAUCAACAUUUGUUGCAUUCAGGAAACGAAGUGGAAGGGGUCCAAAUCGCGUAAUAUCGGGUAUAACUACAAGCUGAUAUAUCAUGGAACAAGGGCGCAGAAUGGGGUUGGCAUUGUAGUGGACAAACACUUUCAAGAUCGCGUAGUUGAAGUAAACAGGGUAAGUGAAAGACUAAUGUCAAUUAAGCUUGCCCUGGAUGAUCAACCGUGCAUGAACAUCAUAAGCGCAUACGCUCCCCAGUCCGGAACCCCAAGCUGGGAAAAGGAAGCUUUCUGGGACGAAAUUGGCAAUCUACUGCAGUCUUUACCGAACUGUGAGCCGAAGUUCAUUGGCGGCGACUUGAACGGUCAUGUUGGUGAGAAAACUACCACUUACCAGAAAAUACAUGGCAAUUUCGGUUAUGGCAAAAUCAACCAAGAAGGUGAAAGCAUCCUUCAAAUGGCACUAUCACACGACCUUGCGAUAGUUAACAUUUUCUUCACUAAACCUGCAGAAAAUCUGAUAACCUAUAAAAGUGGCGGAGUAUGCACUCAGGUAGACUACAUUCUAACUGAUAGAAAAAACUAA